UAAUUAUAUGUUCUCAAUGUUCCAGAUGUAACAGCUGAAGGGCUGAUGUCCACCUUUACGGUCAACACGUUUGCUCCUCUCUUGAUGGCCAAACAUCUUGCUCCUCUUCUACAAAAAGGAACUGGUUUGGUGGGAUCACAGCAGUUUAAGGAGGAUCCUAAAAAAUCUCACUCUUCUGUCAUAGUUAAUAUGAGUGCACGUGUUGGUUCUAUAUCAGAUAAUAGGUUGGGAGGAUGGUAUUCAUACAGAAUGUCUAAAUCUGGGAUGAAUAUGGCGACAAAAUGUUUAUCUCUUGAGCUAGGGCGAGGGAAGAACAGGGUCAUUUGUUUAUCUCUACACCCUGGGACAACAGACACAGACCUGUCCAAACCAUAUCAGAAUUUUUUUCUGUCUAACAUUGUACGUUGAAAUGGUUAAAACUGGGAGGAGAUAAUCCACGCAGGACACCAGAAAGGUGUUCCUCAGGAUAAAUUGUUUACUACAGAAUUUACAGUCAGCAAACUUUUGGAGAUAAUUGAUGGAGCUACUAGUCUUGAUUCUGGU